CUCCCCCGGUGAAAAACAUGAAGUGAACGGCAAACUCCUCCGCACUUUAGAAGCGCAGCAAAAGCACAUUCGGGCUCAGCCCUGUGUAUCAUGAGGCAGUUCACACUGACUGAGCCAGAGAGAGGACAGUCUGACAGCGAGGAGAGGAACACAGUCCUGGAUGUGGUUGUUCACAAAGUUACCAACCCAGACAGAGUACAGACCAGCUAAAGGAUCGACAGUUUUUCCAUCAUUCAGUCAGUGCACAAUGAGCCUGAACGUCCCAGGGCUGGUGGUGAUGGUAGUCUUCUACCUAAUGGUGCUGGGCACUGGCUUGUGGGCCUCAAUGAAGUCCAAGCAGAUGAAGAACAGCAGCCAGGCAGACCAGACAGAGGUCACUUUGCUGGGCAACAGAGGGAUCAGUUUGGUAGUGGGAGUCUUUACUAUGACAGCUACCUUUGUUGGUGGGGGCUUUAUCGUUGGUCUGACAGAGGCAGUGUACACACCAACUAUGGGACUAGUGUGGGCGGUCAUGCCAUUAACAGCAGCUCUGUCUUUUAUUGUUGGUGGACUAUUCUUUGCCAAACCAAUGAGAGAGAGAAAAUAUGUGACAAUGAUGGACCCGUUCCAGAUCAAGUAUGGAAAGUCAAUAAGUGGAGCUCUGUCCGUGGCUCUGUUAAUUUCUGAUCUAAUCUGGGUCACAGGAACUCUUAUUGGCUUAGGAGCAACAAUAAGUGUGGUCUUGGAUUUGUCCUAUACCAUUUCCAUUUGGAUCUCUGCUGUAGUAGCCAUCAUAUACACAUUAAUGGGAGGCCUCUACUCUGUAGCCUACACAGACAUAAUACAGCUAAUUCUCAUAUUCUUCAGUAUGUGGCUCUGUGUCCCAUUCGUGCUGAUGAAUCCCAACUCAGUGGACAUUACUAAGACUGCUGUCAACUUUACCUACCAAGCUCCCUGGAUUGGUUCUGUAGAUAAAGAGAGGCUGUAUCAGUGGAUUGAUAAUUUCUUAUUAUUGACUUUAGGUAACCUUGGAUAUCAGGACUUCCACCAGAGGACUCUGUCAGCCUCAUCAUCAAAUACAGCCAGGAUCACCUGCUUCAUUGCAGCUCCAAUCAUCUUCAUACUUGGAAUCCCAUCAGCAUUGAUUGGAGCAGUGGCAGCAUCAACAGACUGGAACAUGACCUUAUAUGGCUCCCCCUCCCCGUUCGAGCGUGGAGAGGCUGGUCAGGUUCUGCCAAUUGCUCUGCAGUACCUCACGCCAAACUACAUCUCCAUCAUUGGUAUUGGCGCUGUAGCUGCUGCUGUGAUGUCCUCAACAGACUCUGCUCUAUUAUCUGCUGCCUCCAUCUUCACAUCCAACAUAUAUAAGAACAUCCUGAGGACCACAGCAUCAGACAAGGAGCUCCAGUGGGUGAUCCGUGUUACUGUGGUGUUGGUGGGCGUGGCUGGCACAUCGCUCACCUUCCUAAACAACAGCAUCAUGGUUUUUUGGAUCCUGGGCUCAGAUAUAACCUACACCAUCAUGUUCCCUCAACUAGUCUGUGUCCUCUUUUUUAACAUCUCCAAUGGUUAUGGUUCCAUCAUGGGCUUGCUAGUUGGGGUAUUGUUGAGACUGCUCAGUGGUGAACCAUCCAUAGGGUUGCCUGUUGUCCUCCACUUCCCAGGUUGUACUCUUGAAAAUGGUGUGUAUGUCCAGCGAUCUCCAGUUAGGACAAUCUGCAUGGUAGCCACCAUCUUUGUUGCUUUGUUGUUCUCCUAUCUGUCAUCACUGCUCUUCAACAGAGGACUGAUUCCUGAGAGGUGGGAUGUAUUCAAAGCGAAAACCAACAAACCAUCACUAAAACCACCUUUGAUGAGCAAUGGCACCAUCAAACCAGGUGAGGAGGAGAUGCCUGAUGGUUGCAAUGAAACGGAAUUCAUGCUGACCACAAGUCAAUAAAAAAAAAAAGAGUUACUGGGAUGCAAAUUUGUUACGCUGUAGUAAAACACCAUGUACAGACAAUUUACAUUUGUAAUGACUGUACCUGAUUUAUAUGAAUUAUGAAUGUUAUGUAGCAUAUAUGUCUCAUUCAUGCAUUCUGCAGUAUGUAACAUGUGUGUGUGUGUGUGUGUGUGUAUUACAUACAGCAGAAUUUUGGGGGAGGGUUCAAAGGGAAUUGAUGUGCAAUUACAACGUUCCAAAAGUGUUAGGACAUUAACUGCACUAAACUAAAAUGUAAUUCACAAGAGAAAUCUGUGAUUUGCUAAUCAUUUAUCUGGAUUUGCUUACACUUUAUAUUUUAAUGUAUAUUGUGAAAAUAUCAGAUUCAUUUAAAUUUUAUGCUUAGAAGUGUCAUCUUUAAAUUAUGGGUCCAUGCAGUUUUUCACAGUGUGGCAAACCCAUACCCAUUUUAACUACCGAAAGCCUCUCCCUCUUGGAUGCUCUUUUUAUAUCCAAUCAAGUUAUUGAUCCGUUGUACUGCUGUAAAUGAAGAGCAGUUUGUGUGUUUCUUCGUCACUUUGUGAUUCUCUGAACCUCAGUAUAGUUAAGGAGGCCGGCUGUUGCAUACUGUGCUGGUUUUUUUUGUUUGUUUGUUUUUUUGUCAAAAAAUUAAGUUAAUAAUGUUUAAAAUCUUAAAUUCCAUGUAAAAGAUGGAGUCUGUAUUUUGAAGCUUUAAUGUUAGUGUCUUGGUCGCUGCCAUGUUAUCUUUUUGAAACUUUAAGCAACCAUAUUUGGGCUAAAACUGAAACACAAACUUAGAUAAGUUGUAAAAGCAACCAGGUUCCUAAAUUCAAAUAAUAAGUUAUAAAAAAAAAAAUCCACAUAUCAUACAGUUGUUAUUAAGGGGGAAACUAGCCUUAUAGGUGAAAACUGCUUUUUACAUUGUAACUUGCUUUUUUAAUGCAAUUUAUUUAGGGUAUUUUAGCACAAGCGGGGUGCACAGUUUGUGGAACUUCUGUGUUGGCUUCAUGUUUGAAUUGAAUUGAAUUGAAUAGCUUUAUUAUACUUAUAAACAGAGCUGCAAUGAUAAUAUUGAAGUGCAACUCCAAUAUGGUGUUUAACAUCAGAGCUAAAAAACAAAAAGAGGUAUUGUCAUAGCCUCGGCGUCAGCAUCAGCAAAAACUAUACGCUGGCCAUAACUCAAGAAUGAUCUCACCUAGGAUGUUCAAGUUCACAUCGUAGGUGCAUACUGUUCAAGCUAGACCCAUCAAACUUCACACAUUUGUUUAAUUAUUUUUACUAUAACAGCACUUUGUCCCCAACCCUCCUCCACCCUCUUGGCCCCCAUAAUGAAUCCUAAACAGCCAAGCGUUGGCACCUGCUCAGCAGUGCUCAUUUUCUGCUGUUAUCACCACUCCUUGCAGCACUGCAUACCACAUGAGCAUGGGUCAGACUUUCAGCAGGGUUAUCCAUUCUCACAGCAUUCCAACAAAAUUCUCUCAAUGAGUUUGUUUUUUGUUUUGUUUUUUUCUUUACACGCCUCAGUUUGUGCAUACUACUUUAAUACAUGUGACCCAUUCAUGAUAGAAUAAUUCAUACUGGUAUCUCUGCUCUUUGUUACACAUCAUUAACCUCCAUCUUGCAGAAGUGUUUGAACAUGUUGACACAAUAGAUUAUGGAAGAGUUCUGUGCUGCUAUUGGAUGUUGGAUGAAAACAGUCAACAGGUAUAUGACAUUACAGAUGAAUAGUUGAUUUAAUGUUUCUGUGAAAAAAUGUGUUAUUUUGCACAUGUACAUGCAUGUUUACAAACAUUGAAUAUUGGGUGGAAUGGAGGAUGUUGAGGUCAUAAAGAGACAUUUCAUAUGUAGCCGCAAAAAGGACAUAAUUAAAACUGUAAAUAAAUACAAGGUUAUAGAACUACUGGUACUGACAUUUAAUAAAACCUGUUUUGUUAUUCAAUUUCAAUUCAACUCAAUUAUAUAUAUAGUUCCAAUUCAAAACAGCAGCCACCUCAAGACGCUUUAUACUGUAAAGUAAAUAUUAGAAAGAAAACCCAACAUCACUCAUCCCCCUAUGAGUAAGCCCUUGGCAGCAUUGGGAAGAAAAAAACCAAGGCAGAACCAGGGUCAGUGAUCUGCUAUGACUGGUUGGUAGUGAGGGGAGGGAGACAGGACAAAAGGCAAAACAUAGGAUAGAGAGCCAUAGUUUAAUAAUUACUAAUGAUUAAAGGUCAAAGGUCAAAGAAAUCUU